AUGGGGAGAGAGAGGGAUAUCAAACAUCUCCAACAUCAAACCAACCAUCAAAGCAGUCAGUUGGUCGAUUCAACCGCUAUCCUGCCCGCCCAAUGGCCUACUUAUCUCCCGUCACACCCAGCGCAAGGAUGGAAAUGCAAGUCAUCCCUCCUCCUCCUCCAACUCCGACUGCUGCUGCUGCUGCUGCUGCCGCCAGUCUUUCUCUUCCCCCUCGCUACCACCACCAGGCCAAACGUCCGAGUGCUCUCCAUUCAUCCACCCAUCCAUGCAUGCACCAUCCAUGCACAUAUACAAAUAAUAAAAAGCAAAGAAGACAGCAGGAAAAAGCAAAGAUGGGGCUCGACUUACUUGCUUGUCUCGGCGUAUGCAAGGAAAGUUGGAAAGACUUUUUUCUCUUUUUUCUCUCCCCCUUCCCUUAUCUCUGGUGGCAAUGAUUCGUUUUUUUUAUUUUCUUUUCGCUUUGCUCUUUUUGCUUCUCUCUUCUUUGCUUUCGAGAUAAGUCUUCUUGUCGAGACGGCUGACAAGGCAGAGAGACCAUACUCAGCCGGCACGAUAGUUAUCAAAAGUCAAUGGAUGGUUGUUGGUGAACUAACAACUAAAUCAGCUCGCUUGCUCAAAUCACUAGCGAAGUCAAGGUCGUACGAUUGCUCCAUGACUUAUUAUUAUUACUGUUUGUUGUUGUUAUUAAUUUUAUUUACUGUCACUGCGCGAGCCGACUUGUCCGCCCGGCCCGGCCUCCCCCAUACAUCAACUGUGCAUCCAGUGCAAUAUCAAAUAUACAUACAUACAGAUUCGAUCACGGCCUGCAAGGAAGAAGUCUCUAACCCACCCGCAAACCCCUACCAGCGAGAUAACUAUAUAUAG